GUGUUGUUGUGUGUUGAUGUGUGGUGUGUGUGAUGUGUAUUGUGUUGUGAGAAGUGUGUUAUCUUCAGUCUUCAGUCGUCCAUCUUGUUUCCUUCCUCUUUUUCUUUGUUCCUCUUUUUAUCAUUUUACCAUUAAAGGUUAUUUUUUAUGUUGAGAAUUGAGACCAGCUCAUAGUCAGACCUGGACCCAGACUCAGGUCCAGACCUGGACUCUGAGACUCUGACACCUGUCUCCUGUCACUCUGGACCAGGUGCAGCAGACUCCUCUGCUCCUCCACCUGAGGGAGGGGAUCAGGUCCAGGUGUGGUCCAGGUUCAGACCCAGGUACCAAACAGGACUGUUUCACAGACAGAGCGUCACCCUGUCUGACCUUUGACCUUUACCCCCCAGCUCUGAUGCAGCGAGUCUUCCUGCUGUGGGAGGAGGUGGAGGAGGAGGAGGAGGAGGAGGUGCAUCGUAGCUCAGGUGCAUCAGGUGCAGCAUCACCUGAUGUGUGAAACAGCUUCACCCUCUCACAGCGAGGCAGCGGCCGUGAGAGGGUGAGGGAGGAGGGAGGAGGGAGAACAGGAAGUGAAGCUGAAGGCGUCGCUCUGCUGCUCAGACUGACAUUCAGUCGUCAUCCAGACAACAUGAAGACUCCGUCUGUGUCUCUGCUCCUCGUCUCUCUGAAUGUCAGUCCAAACCGUCUCCAGUUCUUUAAAGGAGAGUCCGUCUCUCUGAGAUGUGAGGGACAGGUGGUCUCUGAUGGACAGACAGUAAAGAGGACCAGAGGAGGACAGACUGAGGACUGUGGACCAGCUUCAGGAUUUGGGAGGUUUGAUGGUUCCUCCUGUAACAUCUCUGGUCUCCAGUCUCUCAGACUCUGGAGGUUACUGGUGUGAAGACAGAGCUGAUCAGAUCAACAUCAGUGUCAUUAACACAGUAACUGAUAAAGCAGGUGUUCCAGUUAUUCUGGAGAUCCCUGCACUUCCUGUGAUGACAGGAAGUGAUGUCACUCUGCGCUGUAGAGAUAAAGACAACAACAGAUUCAAGGCUUUUUUCUUCAGGGAUGGUAAAGACCUUGGAUCUGGACCUGAUGGAGAACUCCCCCUCAGUAAAGUCCAACAGUCUCAUGAAGGUCUCUACUGGUGUUACAGAAACAAAGGUUUUGACUCUCCUCAGAGCAGACUGAGGGUCAGAGCUCCUCCUCCUCCUCCUCCUCCUCCUCCUCCUCCUCCUCCUUCAUCUUCUCCUCCUCCUCCUCCUACAACCUCCAACUACUCCUCUAACUCCUCCCCACCUCCCAUAGACUCCUCCUUCUCCUCCCUCCUCCUCCCAGUUGUAGCAGCUCUGGGCUCUCUGGUUCUCCUGGUCCUGGUCCUGGUUGGUCUUGUGCUGUGGUGGAGGAAACAAACAGGACCGACUCCUUCACCUGCUCCAGAUGAUGUCACCUACUGUGAUGUCACUGUGAGACACACAGCCAAUAGGAAAGACAAACACUCUGCUGCUGAAGACACAGUCUACUCUGGAGUGAGGACACACACUGCAGGUCCUGCUGACGUCACCUACGGGACAUCGUCAUCAGAUCUCAGAGGAAAGCAGGAAGGAGGACUG